AUGAAUACUCCAAGAAAACAAAUAAAAUUAGAGAGUGAAGAAUCUCCCCAAGUUGCACUUCCAGCUAUUCCUGGAAAAAUAGUGGACAAAGAACAAACUAAAUUACUUAAAGAAAAAAUAUCAGAAUUAUUAUUUGGAAAAGAUUCCGAUGCUAAACCCUCUAAAAAAAAUUUAAAUUUUCCUGCUCAACCUAUUAGUUUUACUAAAUGUCAUAUAAAAGAAUUGUUACAAGAAAGUUAUUAUGUAUGUGAAAAAUCCGAUGGAAUACGUGUACUAGUUUAUUUGACAGAAAAUGAUGGGCGACAAGAGGUUUAUUUGAUUGAUCGAAAGAAUAAAUACCGUUAUAUUGAAGGUUUGGUGUUUCCGGAUCCUAAAGAUCAAUCGAAACCUCAUAAAGGCACAUUAUUCGAUGUAGUUCGAUUAUAUGCUUUUGACUGUCUUUUAGAUAGAGAAGAAAAUUUAAUGCAAAAACCACUUAAUAAAAGAUUGGAAAUUGUCAUUCGAGUAAAUAAAGAAUUAGAUUUUUCGCGUAAAAAUAAUAAUCGAUUUAAACAUAAGAGUGAUGGAUUGAUUUUCACUUCCUUACCCGCUCCUUAUUCACCGGAUGAAAAUUCCAUUGAUUUUAAAUUAAAAUGUUAUUAUUCAUCUAUUAGACUAUUUCCAGAACAGAGACCAGAUAAAUUCGAGUUACAUGUAAAUAAAGGUAAAAAAUAUUAUGAAUAUUAUGAUGAAUUACAAGUUCCUGACAAUUUAUGGGAAAAAUGGUUAAAACAAGAAAUGAUAACCAACCAAGAAACAUCAGAAAGAAAUUUAAAUCUUGAUGGUCGUAUUGUUGAAGUAUGCCGUAAAGAAUAUCCCGAUGGAUCAAAAAAAUGGGAAUUUAUGAGAUUUCGUGAUGAUAAGAGGGACGGAAAUUAUUAUACAGUCGUAGAUAGUAUUUUACAAAGUAUUGAUGAUAAUUUAACUGAAGAAGAGUUGAGAUCCGCUAAGGAUGAAAUAAAAAAUGCUUGGGUUCAAAGACCAGAAGUUGUGUGA